GCUCAGCAGCAAAGUCGCCAGCCUGUGAAGGCAGAGAGAAAUUGACUAAUUAGCAAUGCGCACUAAAACUUGACGGUUCUUUAUAGAGAGAGGAAAAGAAGGGGAGGGGGUGCUCAGUUUUUUCCCCUUUCUUCCAAAGAUGUUUGAAAUCGCAGUCAUUUACGCUCGACAAUUUUUACAAUAGCCUUGAGCCAUAAUUUUGCGAGUCUCUCCAGCAUCCUUCCCCCUGCACGGUCUCUCUCCACCGGCCAUGCACGACCGUUUCUCUCCCCAACCGUGGAUUUCCUAUUACUCUCGUUACGACUCACUGAGCCCCAGGCCCAAGGAUAAUGAUGUGUUGUUUCUUGGUAGCAUAAUUUGUCACACGCACAUUUUUUUUCUUCUUCUUCUCUUGCAGAAAGCUCUUGCUCUCUCUCGCACACACAUACACUUCUCUUCUCUCCACUCGUACAUUUCUUGCUAUUGCUAAUUCAGGAGAACAAAUGAGGUACGAGAAAUAAACUGUAAAAAGAGUGACUUACUGGAGUUGGGAUCAAGGGAAGCCGAGGGGGACUGAACGGAUGGGAUUUUAAAAAAGAGAGGCAAACAAGUUUGAUUUCUUCCAAAAGCGUGGACAUAACUGAAGGAUCCCCUACUUUUGUGGGCAGGUGGAGAGCUUGUAAACUGAGUAGCCAGCCAUGUCCAGAUCUGGCGACAGGACAUCUACCUUCGACCCUACGCACAGCGACAACCUGCUGCAUGGGCUUAAUCUGCUGUGGAGGAAACAACUGUUUUGCGACGUGACCCUAACGGCCCAGGGCCAGCAGUUCCACUGUCACAAAGCUGUGUUGGCUUCCUGCUCACAAUAUUUCCGAUCCCUUUUUUCAAGCCACCCCAUCAACAAGGACACAAUCAGUGCAAAGGACCAGGACAGCGGUGGGGGAGGUGGUGGGGGUACCCCUUCCUCCUCUCCAGAUGAAAAGAUGCUAGCUAGCCCUCGCUCCAUCAAUAACUUAGUGCUGCAGGGCUGCUCCUCCAUCGGACUACGCUUGGUUCUUGAGUACCUCUACACUGCCAACGUAACGCUCUCCCUAGACACCGUAGAGGAGGUGCUCUCGGUCAGCAAGAUCCUCAAUGUCUCCCAAAUCACAAAGCUCUGCGUGCAAUUCUUGAACGAUCAGAUCUCCAUGCAGAACUAUAAACAAAUUUGUAAAAUUGCAGCUCUCCAUGGCCUCGAAGAGACCAAGAAGCUAGCCAAUAAGUACCUAGUGGAAGACGUGCUACUACUGAACUUCGAGGAGGUGUGCGCCAUGCUGGACUCACUGCCGCCCCCUGUUGAGUCCGAACUCGCGCUGUUUCAGAUGUCCGUACUGUGGCUGGAGCACGACCGGGAGACCCGCAUGCAGUACGCUCCGGACCUGAUGAAGCGGCUCCGUUUUGCACUCAUCCCAGCACCAGAGCUUGUGGAGCGCGUGCAGUCAGUGGACUUUAUGCGCAGUGAUCCCGUGUGCCAAAAGCUGUUACUCGACGCCAUGAAUUACCACCUGAUGCCCUUCCGCCAACAUUGUAGGCAAAGCAUAGCCAGCAGAAUUCGAUCGACUAAGAAGAUGUUGUUGCUGGUUGGUGGAUUGCCUCCUGGACCAGACAGACUUCCUAGCAACUUAGUACAGUAUUAUGAUGAUGAGAAGAAGACGUGGAAAAUACUAACAAUUAUGCCCUACAAUAGUGCCCACCACUGUGUUGUAGAGGUAGAGAACUUCCUGUUUGUAAUGGGAGGAGAGGACCAAUGGAAUCCAAAUGGAAAACACAGCACAAAUUUUGUUAGCAGGUAUGACCCAAGGUUUAACAGCUGGAUACAGUUGCCACCAAUGCAAGAAAGGAGAGCCAGUUUCUGUGCAUGUUUACUUGACAAAAAAUUGUACGUGAUCGGUGGACGGAAUGAAACAGGCUAUUUAUCCAGUGUGGAAUGCUACAACCUGGAGACCAAUGAGUGGAAUUAUGUGUCUUCUCUACCUCAGCCCUUAGCUGCUCAUGCAGGUGCAGUGCAUUGUGGAAAAAUAUACAUCUCAGGAGGGGUGCACAAUGGUGAAUAUGUACCAUGGCUGUAUUGCUAUGAUCCAGUCAUGGAUGUCUGGGCUCGAAAACAAGACAUGAACACAAAGCGGGCAAUACACGUUUUGGCUGUAAUGAAUGACAGACUUUAUGCAAUUGGAGGAAACCACUUAAAAGGUUUUUCUCACCUUGAUGUCAUGCUUGUGGAAUGCUAUGAUCCAAAAGGUGACCAGUGGAACAUCCUUCAGACACCCAUUUUGGAAGGCCGCAGUGGACCAGGAUGUGCAGUGCUUGAUGACAGCAUUUACCUUGUUGGUGGAUACAGCUGGAGCAUGGGAGCAUAUAAAUCUUCUACAAUUUGUUACAGCCCUGAGAAGGGAAGCUGGACAGAACUUGAAGGAGAUGUAGCUGAACCAUUAGCUGGUCCUGCCUGUGCAACCGUUAUAUUACCAGCUUGUGUACCAUACAACAAAUAGCGAAAUGUAUCCAUAAUGAACAAAAUAAUGAAAUCCGAUUCUUCAAAGUAGUGAUGGGUGACAUAAUUAUUUUAAUGCAAAAGGACUCAUCAUUUAAACAUGAUGGCAGGCAUAGUAAAAACUGUUAACACUUUAAAAGCAAACAAGAAUGAAGAAAUGAAACUGCUUACUUAAUGCCAGUAAUAUUCAUAUCCAGACGGUGCCAUCUGUCUCAGUAGCACAUAUGUUCCACCCUCUUUAUAAUGCAGUCUUUAGGAGUUCACAUUAUAGAUUACUGAGGCACUGAUGCUGCAGAAUCACUUGUUUUAUGUAGAUUUUUCUUAAUUGUCUACCUUGUACAGUUCUGCGCCUUUAUUUGGUAAAAUAUGCCUUAUUGUGUGUUAGCAUGUGUUUCACCAAUUCAGAUUCAGCUGCUUAUACAAGUGUCAGCUACUGCAGCACUGCCCGAUUUCUGUAAAAAUUGCUCAACAUUUUAGAUUAUUUAUGAAGAAAGGAUUAAGACACUUGCGCACUUUCUUUAGCUUCUCCUGUUGCCCUUUCUGUUAACAGAAGUCUGCUGAAAGUUUACACAUUAUCCAUUACAGAGUGGAGGACAUUAAAACUAAGGAAUCUAUGAAUCCCACUGUGCUUGCCUAGAAAUGUUCACAAGGAAACAAGUAACUGUAACUAAAAAAAGUGAAAAUGUAUGCGAGGGCAAAGUGGACUAAGAAGCCAUAAAUGACAAUGCAUCAGAAUAUGAAGAGUAGGUUAACAUGAUGAGAUACCGGGGAAGUACACAACAAAGGUUUUUCUUUAUCGGAGCUGUUAUGGAACAAAGGAAGGCAUGGAACCAAAACUGUGCAUGGAUCAGGAGAAAGGGAAUGUGCUAGCUGACUCGACUGUUAACAAUGCAGUGGCUGUUAAAUCUACCUUUUCUGUGAUCGGAGAACAACAUGAAACCAAAGCAGCUGCACCUCCCCCACCCUUAGCUAAUGAUGAGAAAAGGAGAAGAAGAGGGUAGUGCAUGUGCCAAAAUAAGAACUUCAGCAGAACAGGUUCUUUCCUUACUGUUAUGAUUGUAUCUUUUUUUUUUUUAUUCUCUGCUGCUGGUUUUUAUUUUGUUUUAUAUAUUUUAUUUUUCCCUGUAACCCUGUUUUAUAGGCAUUUCACAAGACAAAAUGCCUGUCUUUUAGAGGGUUUUGCUAUCACUUAAUGCAGUUUAUAUGGAUCACCUACAGGAAAGUCAGAUUGCAUGAAAUCCUGCAGCAUCUGUAAUGAAGAAUGCUAAUCUGGCAUCUGUUGGUUAACAUUUCUGUUCUUUGUGUUUGACCAUUGGCCCAAGCUGUGUUCCUUACGGAAAUCUCUGCUGAGAAUAAACAUGAGUGGAGUCAUUACAAGCUUUCCAGCUGUCAUCACCUGUCAGUGCCAGCAAACAUUUUUUCAGUCUGUAGUGUUUGUUAAAUGUUAUUUUUUACUGUUAAUUUGUAAAAUGUCUUCAGGAUGCAGUUUGUAACUUUGUAUCACUUCACAUGGUGCACUGGGGGGAAAUACAUUGUACCAGCACAAAUAAUUACCAUCUUUUGUUCUUCUUCACUGGUGACAUUUUACAGUCUGCUAUAUAACAUUCUAGAAGGAGCUUCUCCCAAUAGCUGUUCUUCCAUCAUAUGUAUGUAUCUAAGAUGUUCUUCAUUAUUUCAGUCUUCCUGUUUGUGGCCCAUGGAUUGCUCUCUGUAAUUUCUGUAAAAGCUAUUUGCCCAGCUCACACUGAAGUCACAGCACAUAAUAUUUGAAAUGUUGUAAUCCAUAUACACGUGGUGUAUGUUUCCAUGCAGGAAUAGCACCUUUGCAUGUUAAGCCAUCCAAAAGAAGACCUAUAGCUCAUAGCUUAUCAAAAGUCCUUAAACAGACUUAGUAACUCCUUACCAGUUGCAGCUUGCGCCUCCAUCUCAUCUAUUUACUUCUAAAUGCAGUGGCUGUCAUUGUCAUAAACAGAUGAAAUUUCCACCUCUGGAUAGGUACAGCUCUGCUUGCUUUCAGGAUGUUCGGUCUGUGCCCCAUGUCAGCAACACACAUGUAUAAUAACAGUAUUUAUAUACAUCAAUCCAUCAUUGUUUUGUUUAUAGUCCAUUGGUUCAGAGUAUGGGAAAAGAGAUAAAAAGAAAUAUUUUAAUAUGUCUGUUAGUCUGUGCUGUCAGAUAUCACUGGAAAGACAAUCUGUGUAGUUGAAUGGAAGUACUAGAAGGAAAAUAAUGAAGUGUUAUGAGAUACUGAGGUCAGAUCAUAGCAACUAGCAGUAGUUAGGAUAUAAAAGUUGUAUAAUUCCUUGAUAUUUAAAUUCUUUCAGGUUCAGAAUUUGUCCGUUUUAUGACCACAUGGAAAAUGAAAUUACAUGUAAUCUUUGCCUCUUGACUUUAAACAUUGAUAGCCUGAGUGUCUGAAAAGCUGCAGUUUAUUGUUUUGUGUAGACCUGUUUUUAACAGUAUAUAAAGUAACGCUUGCUGUACAGAUUUUCUGUUUCUCCCACUUCCACCCUACGGUAUUUCAUUUUAGACAGCUUGAUGUCACUUACAUCACAACCAGUGUCCCUCCUACUAAAAAGUUACUUAUUAAGUGCAUUGCCAUAAAACUGUUAGUAAUGUCCUGUCAUUUUAUAUGCAGUUUACAAAUUGUAUUUCAGAUGUGUAGGAGUACAUCUAAUUACAAGCUGAUAACUUGGCAUCAGUGGAGUGUGCUGCUCCUAGAAUUAGGUGAAAGGAAUGAAAAGGGUGACUGAUAUGGCUUUGUUCUAACUUUAGCACUUUCUUUUCAUUCGCUGCAUUCCCAUCUUGCUGAUGGAUACUGUUGUUGAACGGUCAGUCUAUGGAGCUUCUUCCCAUUAUUCCUGGAUUAUUUAUUUUAGACAGCUAAGAAUUCAAAGCCUUGUCUUCAUAUCAGUGCUAUUCAUGGUAUCAGGGUUUAUAAUCCAAGUCCACAUCUUACUGUCUGUGCAUUUUAUUUAUUAAAAUUAAUUGUAGCUCAGAUUUGUGUGGUAUUUACUUUGCAUAGUUACUUUGCAAGCUAGGGCAGUUACAGAAAACAUUAUAAUGAUGGUGGAGUGUAAAAUGCAUUCUUUCUCUUUGCAGUAAUUUAUUAACUAUACAGCUCCUCUUCUGUAAUUCAGGAUGUUUCAUAAAAGUUGAUUUAAUGAAGAAUAAUUCCUUGUAAAUAAAAUGUUAUUAACAUGUUUUUCUUUGAAUGCCUCUAAAGCAUAUAAGGAACAUAUCAAAAAUAAAAUGCACUAAAUGGCAGACUGAAUUUGUAAGAAAAGUAUUAUUGUGUUCAGUCUGCCCACCCCCCCACCCCCCCAUAUUGCUUAAGAAAGCUGUCACCUAUCUCUACUGCACUGUGCAAUCUUCACUCCUUGUAAAGGGUGACAGGUAUUUGUCAUCCUUCAGUGUUUUUAUUUUUUACCAUGUUAAUGGAAAAAGAUUCAUCAAUACAAGGUAACAGCAUUUUCUGACAAAAAGGCAUGAUAAAGGAAAAACUGUUAUGAAAUUAAACAAAGAAUGUAUAUUUUGUACAGUACUAGACUGUAAAAAAGGAGCUUGCUUGUAGGAAAUAACUUUAAAUAAAACUUUAUGUCUUCACAAUA